AUGGAUUUCACGCGGCGCAGGAUCGCCGAUAUCAGCUCAUACAUACCAACAUCAACCCUCAAAUCUCGUGGUGAAGCCGCUCCUGCAGAUGCUGAGGCAACUCCAAACUAUCACUCAAAUCUCGAUGGUGUAAAUCAACCCAUGAAUUUACUUUUUAAAGAUGCCUUGUGGUGGACCUUGGGUAUCAUGGCCCUUGUUGUUCUGUCCAUCAGAAUAAUUGAAAUCCUGUGGAUGAGACUCCGCCAGGUGUCUGCCAUGAAUGUGUCGGGUUCCAAACAAGCGUACUGGAGAAUAUCUCAAUGGAGCUGGAUGCCCAACGUCAAGAAGAACCUCAUAUACGCUCCUCUGUGGAACAAACGUCACAACAGAGAGUUCAAGUUAUCCUCUGCUAUCAGCAUGGGAACCCUUCCUUCGCGACUUCACUUCAUCAUCCUCUUCAUCUACCUGGGCAGCAACUUGGCCUAUAUGUUCGUCCUCAACUGGCACAAUGAGAACAAGCUUGCUUUCUGUGCCGAGUUACGAGGCCGCUCAGGAACCUUGGCCCUGGUCAAUAUGGUGCCCUUGAUCAUUUUCGCUGGGCGCAACAACCUCCUCAUUGGCCUCCUCAAGAUCAGCUUCGACACCUACAAUCUUCUACAUCGAUGGAUGGGUCGCAUUGUGGUCCUCGAGUCUAUCAUCCACACUAUCGCCUGGCUCAUUGUCGCCGUCGACGACUUGGGUUGGGAUGGUGUUGGCCAUAAACUUUCCCAUGGACUUUUUGAAGGCUCGGGAGCCGUUGGCACGGUUGCUAUGACCUUCCUCCUUCUACUUUCUGUUUCGCCUUUGCGUCAUGCCUUUUACGAAACUUUCCUCAGCGUUCACAUUGUCCUAGCCUUCGUUGCCUUCGUUGCUACAUGGAUUCACUGUGCUUCGUCUGCACUCAAAGGUGGCCUACCUCAACUUCCCUGGAUCAUGGCCAUCAUGGCCAUCUGGUUCGCCGACCGCCUCGCUCGUAUGCUCCGGAUUGUCUUUGUCAACUGGUCUUCCAAGGGGUGGACUGAUGCGGUGUGCGAGGCUAUGCCCGGCAACGUCACUCGAGUCACCCUCCACUUACCUCGAUAUGUCGAUAUCAAGCCUGGCACUCACGCGUACCUGCGCUUUUGGGGUCUUUGUGCCUGGGAGAGCCAUCCUUUCUCUAUCUGCUGGGUCAAUCAUGUACGCGAUAACAGCUUACCAAUUGCGGAAAAGGAUCCUCUCCAUGCAGUCGACAAGUCAACCAUGACCACUACAGUCUCUUUCCUGAUUGGUGCCCAGACAGGUUUCACUAAGAAGCUCUUUGACCGUGCCUCCAGAUGCCCGCGAGGUCUCCGUAUCAAGGCUGCAAUGGAAGGCCCAUACGCCGGACAUAACAGCCUUGAUUCAUAUGGCCAUGCAGUCCUCUUUGCCGGCUCCACUGGAAUUACUCACCAAAUCUCCUACAUCCGCCAUCUCCUCGAAGGAUACAACCAGGGCACUACUGCUGCUCGACGCAUUACACUUGUCUGGAUUAUCCGCGAAUACGAAUCUCUCGAGUGGGUGCGGCCCUACAUGGAUACAAUUCUUCGUAUUCCAAAUCGAAAAGACAUCCUCCGCAUCCAGAUCUUCGUCACCCGUCCUCAGAACCCACGCGAUAUUGUCAGUGCUAGCGCCACGGUGCGCAUGUUCCCGGGACGGCCAAACGUUCCCCUGAUCUUGGCCCGAGAGGUGCAAGAGCAGAUGGGUGCCAUGUGCGUCACAGUUUGUGGCCCCGGUGCUCUUGCUGAUGAUGUUCGGGGUGCUGCUCGAGCAGUGCAGGGCUCAACCGUGGUGGACUUUGUACUUAUUACCAUACCCGGUCCCUUCAUUGAUGAGGCUCAGGCAAAACCUGGCACGUUUGAGUUCCACCCAAUCAAGAUUCAGUUGUCAGAUCCAAAGUCCAAGGAUGGUAGUCGCUCCGCAUCUGGAGCCAAGAGGAAGAGAACGGACACAAGAAACGGAGAACCCGCGAGCCAUCGAAGACGGACCGUUGAACCUACAGCGGGCAGCGAAGACGAGGAGGAAGACGAGGAUGUCUACGACCCUGACCAGCCACUGGAGGAGCGCCGCAGAGUCCAGCAGGGCUUCAGAGAUUUACUUCGCGAUGUGACGGAGAACACCGAGGAAUACUUACAAGGGGACUCGCGAGGGCUUCAUGAGGCCAUUCUCCGCGCUGAUGAACUAUCGAAGAAAGUGAGGCAGACUACAGAAGCAACAAUCGACUCACGGCUACUCGUUAGCACUACCGACUUAUCUUACCGAAAGACUUUGAGACUCACACAAGGCAGCCUCUCUCAAGGUAUCGAUGUUGAUGAGUUUGUUUCAAAAUGCAUCACAUAUAUGAGACAUGGUCGAGGAAUUAUGGACGAUAAUGCACCCGAGCUCUCGAGCACCCAACGCCAAAGAAGAAGGACCACAAGGGGGGAUGAAGAUGGCGAGGACGACAUCGGGGACGAGGGCGAUAUGAUGAAUUGGCCGCAUCUUGGCCGUUUUGCCAGCUUGCCUUACAUCAGGCGUCCCGCCCUCCCCGGGUUCCUCCUUGGACCUCUGUCGGUCGAGAAGAAGGCUCGCAAGAUCACAAAGAGAAGUGCACCCUUCAGACCUAACAACCUGACUGAGACGCGCCCUGAAGUGCUCAAUGUCGAGGAUCUGGCCAAGAAGGAGAACGAUCUCACCGCGAUUUGCGGCAAGAUUCUUCAUCAAUUACAAGCUCUCCAGGCGAACAUUCAAGGAACUGUGGCGGACCUGAUUGACGAGAAUAUGGACGAGGAGGAACAGAACAGGAUUAUGCAUCAAUAUGGUCUUCGGAGCACCGGUGGCAUUGACUUGAUGCGAUUCGUUGUGAAUCCAAAAUCCUUCGGCCAAACCAUCGAGAACAUGUUCUACGUCAGCUUCCUUGUCAGAGACGGCAGAGUGAAGAUCGAUUUUGAUGAAUUCGAUUUACCAGCGCUUGAAAUCAUAGAGAGAGAUGUCGAGGGAGAGGAAGAAGAGCCGACACGACACGGGGCAGCGAAGCACCAAGCAAUUCUUUCCAUGGACAUGGAGACCUGGCAGGACAUUAUUGACACAUUCGACCUCAAAGAGCCCAUGAUUGCUCACAGAAAGGAGGUGACGACUUCGGGACCUGGUGCGCGAGGUUGGUAUAGCUGA